UCGUUUCCGUAUUCACGGAGCUCAUCCCAGAAAGCCACCGGUCUGUCAGGGCUCGCAGGCGGGAGCUUUCCCUUGAGGAGGAGCGGCGCAGACUUUUGUGUUGGCCGGAGGCUCCCGCUCCCGGUUACCCAUGGCCACGUACAAGCCCGUGGUGGUUCAGGGCUUCCCCAAGCUCGGGGAGAGGAUCACGCAGGACACGGUGUACUGGCGGGGCUACAAGACACCCGUUCAGAUAAAGGAGUUUGGUGCAAUAAAUAAAAUCGACUUCUCCCCAGUUUCUCCAUAUAACUAUGCUGUUACAGCCUCUUCAAGGGUAAGCAACUUUUCUGAGAUUUUCCUGUUCUUGUCCUUCAGUUAGUCUCCUAUGAGCUAACUUAAUGUCGUCUUGUUUCUCUAGAUUCAUAUUUAUGGUCGAUAUUCUCAGGAACCUAUCAAAACAUUUUCUCGCUUCAAAGAUGCUGCUUAUUGUGCCACAUACAGAGGUGAUGGCAAUCUGCUUGUUGCUGGCAGUGAGGAAGGGAGCAUUCGCCUUUUUGAUGUUAGUGGAAGAGCACCUCUGAGACAAUUUAAUGGUCACACUAAACCUGUUCACGUUGUGGGCUUCCUGUCUGAUAUGUAUCGAAUAUUUUCUUCUGGUGGUGAUUAUGCAUCAAGUUUGUGGGAUAUCCCAAGUGGUACAGAAAUCCUCUCAUACAAUGAACAUACUGACUACGUGAGAUGUGGCUGUGCAAGUAAAGUGAAUGCAGAUGUCUUUAUAACAGGUUCCUAUGAUCACACUGUGAAACUGUUUGACACACGAAUGAAAAGUAGUGUCAUGACAAUAGAACAUGGUCAGCCUGUGGAAAGCGUGCUCCUGUUCCCUUCUGGUGGGCUUCUAGUAUCUGCAGGAGGUCGAUAUGUCAAAGUUUGGGAUGUACUAAAAGGUGGACAACUACUGGUUUCACUUAAAAAUCACCAUAAAACUGUAACUUGUUUAUGCCUGAACAGCUCUGGACAAAGGUUAUUAUCAGGAUCCCUGGACAGGCAUGUGAAGAUUUAUAGUACUACUUCUUACAAAGUAGUCCACAGCUUUAGCUAUGCAACGUCCAUCCUCAGCCUUGCCUUGUCGCCUGAAGAUGAAACCAUAGUUGUAGGCAUGACCAAUGGAGUGCUAAAUGUUAAACACAGAAAACCUGAAGUAACAAAAGAAAAGGCUGUGAAGAAGAGACAACCAGCAUAUAGAACCUAUGUGAAAGGAAGAACUUACAUGCCAAAACAGGAAGAUUUCUGUGUCAGUAAACCUGUAAAACGUGUUUUGAGGAAGUACGACAAGCUGCUAAAGAGCUUUCAGUCUUCCAAGGCCCUUGAUGCAGUACUGGAGCCACCCAUCAGGCUUCAUACUCCUGAAGUUACAGUCGCAGUCAUGCAGGAGCUACAUCGCAGAGGAACACUGAGGAGUGCGCUUGCAGGCCGAGAUGAGAAGCAAAUCAAUCUUCUUCUUACCUUUGUGGCGAGGCGUGUGAUUGAUCCUAGAUUUACUCCUAUACUGGUGACUGUUGCAGAUAUAAUCACUGACAUUUAUCAGCCUGUGGUUGGGCAGUCGGCAGUUGUUGACAGACAGUUCUUGAAACUUCAGAAAGCCAUAGGAAAAGAGAUUGACUAUCAAGAGGAACUACUGGAAGUUUUGGGAAUGAUGGAUACACUGUUUGCUACUUUUACCAGGAAAAGAGCUGCUUAUCUAGAAGAGAGCAAAAGUAAUGGUCUUGGAGAGCCCAUUGAAACAACUAUGAAUAACUGACCGACAACUAUCACCACAGUUGUCACAAAGAUAAUGUGGACUUGUGAAAUACCUGUUCUCCUGGUAACUUUUUAUAACAGUGACUUUCAAAAUAAG